AUGAUCGUGGGUAUUGCCGUUCGAGAACAAGACGGCGGGAUCGGAACGCUACACGAAGGCCGCGCGAAAUACAUCGCCAGACUUAGUACGGCAUACCAUAUCCUCAUCAAUAUCCUCAGCACAGGCCUCCUUACCUCCAGCAACUACUGCAUGCAACUAGUUUGCGCGCCAACCCGACAAGAUAUCAAUCGCUUACAUGCCCGGGGUACUUACUUUGAUAUUGGAAUUCUCAGCUUUCGCAAUGUGCGGCAUAUCGCGCGGCCGCGGGCGUUGCUGUGGUUGAUGUUGGCAGCGAGCUCUAUUCCGCUCCACCUCCUAUACAACAGCUCCAUUUUCAGCGUGACCGUCGGCCGCAACUACGAGAUCGAUUUCCUUAAUGCGAGCGAUCCCAAAACCAUCGCCCACCGCUCAUCAGGACACGAGCGCCUGGAAAAUUCGAUCUGGAUGGAAAAAUAUGAUACAAAAUAUAUCACUGACUACGGAAACUUAUACCUCGUAUUAGACGCCGUAGCAUUCGAACUCGGCUUUUUCCCUGGGAAUGUGAGCUGGGAACUCUUGCCUCCGAAAAAUAUAACAGAGCAACCAGCCUGGGGGCAGGUACUCUCACCUUCAUGGGACGCAAAAGAAUGGGCUGUCAACGUCACCUUACAACUAAACAACACCUCAAAAUCAUCCGGGUCAGGAAAUAUUUCAUCAACAGGUGUACGCCGCCAAAUCCCUAUACAUGAGUACUCUUCGCAAACGAUGCCAGAGGUAAGCUGGCCGUCACCCUAUCAAUUCAAUAUCUCGAAAGACAACUCCUGGAAAGACGUGUUAACACUAAGCCACGACACAUGGAUGUACCCACCCUGGCACAUCGGCUACAGCUUGGCGGAAUCUUUACACAAGGGUAGUGCGGUGCAGAUUUCCAUUGCAUUCAUUGCAGUCGUUAUCAUCUGCAACGCUAUAAAAACUAUCGCCAUAUACCUUACACUGAAAGGCUCGUAUUCGGCACAGAUCAUCACGCAGGGGGACGCUAUUUCGACUUUCCUUCAGGUACCCGAUACCGCGACCGUCGGACGCUGUCUAGCGGAGAAACAUGCUUUAAUCCAGGGUAUUCAAUAUCCUCAACAUGCGACGGAGGGGAAAUGGUCACACGAGAUUGGGAGAUAUUCAGACCGGGCUCGAGGACGGUGGACUUCUUAUAUGAUGCUCGGUCUUCUAAUCGUCAUAUCCACUCUCGGAAUCGUUGCCCUCAGCGCAAAAGGGCCAAGCGCAUGGGGCACCGCCUCAAAGCUACACAUCCCGUUUGCCGUCUCACCACUUGAUGCUCGAGGUAUAAUAUUUACAUCCUGGCUAGCAAACAGCCCGCAGCUCCUCUUAUCGGUAUUCUACCUAGCCGCAAACCGAAUUUGCACAUCAUUGUGCUUCGCGCGAGAAUGGAAUGCCCUCGCCCAGACGCGCAAACCCCUCCGCGUCACGCAGCCAAAGGGAGAGCAGCGCAGCGCCUACUUCCUCCAACUCCCAUACCGCUGGGCCGUACCACUAACUGCGAUGUCAGGGCUACUACACUGGCUGCUUUCGCAAUCUUUAUUCCUGGUCCGGAUUGAAGUCUAUGAUAAAGAUCAGGGGUUAAGGGAGGAUGCGUCGAUUUGCGCCUGCGGAUACUCGACGCUGAGCUUGCUUGUAUUUUUGAUCUGUCUUCUUGCAAUGGCUGUUUCUAUCUUGGUAUUGAUGUGUCGUGAGAUUCAGUAUGCUAUUCCUCCGGCUGGCCAUUGUAGCCUGGCUAUUAGUGCUGCUUGUCAUCCGCCUCCGGAUGAAUUUGACUGCCAUCUGGGACCGGUGCAGUGGGGGGUUGUCCCGAACUCUUUUGGUGGGGAGGUGGAUCAUUGUACGUUUUCUGGACGGGAAAUAACAUCUCCUGAAGAAGGGCGCUAUUACGCGUGA